AUGGUCCAAGUCGCUCUUAACUCUCUCAUCACCGUUGUCGCUGCUGUUGGCAUGGCUAAUUGUCUCGCUAUCAAACAUGACAACCACCACCACCACAAGCGUACUGCUCCUAAAGGUAAAGCCUUUGAUCACAUUCUCCAAGUUUGGUUUGAGAAUCAAGACUACUCUACCAUUACCAAGACUGCCGGUUUUACCAAUCUUUUGAAGGAAGGCAUCUUGUUAAACAACUUCAAUGCUGUCACCCAUCCCUCUGAACCCAACUAUGUCGCUGCUGCUGGUGGCGAUAACUUUGGUAUCAACAAUGAUGAUUAUUACAAUAUUCCUGCCAAUAUUAGCUCCAUCUAUGAUCUCUUGGAGAACAAGGGCUUGACCUGGAAAGUAUAUCAAGAAAGCAUCCCCUCUGUCGGAUACACUGGAUACAAGGCUGGAAACUAUGUGCGCAAGCAUAAUCCUGCUGUCAUUUUCGACUCUGUUGGAUUGAACGCUACUCGCUCUCAAAACAUUGUUGGAGCUGAUCAAUUCGUCAAGGACAUUGCUGAUGAUAAUCUCCCCAACUGGAUGUUUUACACCCCUAAUAUGUUGAACGAUGCUCAUGAUACGUCUGCUGCUUAUGCUGGUAACUGGCUUACCACAUUCUACCAAAACACUUUGAACAACAGCAACCUCUUGAGCAAAACUCUUAUCUUGAUCACCUUUGAUGAGAAUGCUAGUUCCUCAAAGAGAAACCAAGUCUGGUCCCUUCUUUUGGGUAACAUCCCUGAAAACCUCAAGGGUACUACUGACUCUACUUUUUACACUCAUUUCUCCUCUCUCAGUACUGUUGAGCACAACUGGGAUCUUGGAAACUUGGGUCGUCAAGACACUAACAAAAACCUUGCUAAUGUCUACAGCUAUGCCGCUAGUGCUUUGGGCUAUACAAAUGUUGCUGUUACCAACAUUCCCAACAGUAACACUGCCAUCACUGGUUUGUUGACUGGAAAGUCUUAUAACCAGACCCACCACUAA